GGGACUGUAAAGUGGAUGCGUGUUGCUGUGGAGAAUGGUCAUGCAGAAAAUUCCCUCCCUCAGAAUAAUGUUCCCAUUGGAUGUAAAGCAUCGCUGGAUGUUUGUUGUGAAGAUAGCAAUUCUGUUCUAUGGGAUGUUCCCAAAAAACAUCAACUCAUGCUCAACUGACACGCACAACCAAAGAAAAAUACUUACUAUAGUCAGUACUAACAACACCGGAUGGACGACAGAAUGUUAUUCUACAUUACAGGAAGUCAAUCUUAAGUACGAAGGGAUUAAACUCAGUUUCAGUUUCAAGGAAAAGAAAACAGAAUGCUGUGGCACAUAUGGUUUCAACCCUGAGAUUAACGUAAACCAUAAUGGAGACAGCAAUUACAGCGUAAUUCUGAAAAAAAACAUUCUAUGCAGGCAAGAUAUUGUACUGGUGACAUCACCAUUGAAUAACUUCUCUUGCAUGCCAUCUAAGCUCUUCGACUCAUCAGAUCAACAAAGACUUUGGAGUCAUUCAAAGACUUUGGAGUGCUUGAUGUCAGGCAACAAGGUCAUCAAACUGGACAAACAUGACUGUGGAGAAGCCAAGGACUAUGUUAAAGAAGAUUGCGAAGAGUUAGGAGAUACAAAAUACAAUAUGACAUUUAGUCCUGGAAGGAACUGCUGUAUUUCAUGUAAGCUACCAGGAAAAAAGCCAGACGUAUCUCUCAGUUACACCAGCACUGGCAACAGCACAGGGGACAAAAUAAACAUCAUGAAUGAUCUCGGCUCGCUGGUGAAACAGAUGGGCAAUUCCAGCACAGCAGCCAUCACAAUGGGUGAUGUUACAGGGGUGAUCUCUAAACUCCCCCAACGAAUCAACGAGCAAACCAACAUCAAUUUGGGCAUUUCGAAAAAUGGUGAUAUGAAUAUUCUUGAGAAUAGCAACUAUACGGGGGAAGGCUUCACUCGAGUGGUACAAAUCCCCAAAGAGGCCAGUACCAUGGCAGUAAAAAGAAAUGGUUCAUUUGCUGGAGUUUUGCUUUUUCCAGGAAUCCAGCAGAAAAAAUCAGACAGUUAUUUUAUCAACAGUGAGAUGGUGGGAAUUGAAAUGGGAGCAAACAUAUCCAAUCUCAGCCAUACCAUAGAUAUACUUUACACAAAUGUGGACAAGAAAGGAAAUAUCGCCUCUUGUAGGUCAUGGGAUGGCAAAGGAGAACAGGUCUGGAUCACAGAUGGCUGUAAGACAAAGGAGUUCAAUGGCAGCAUCACAUGCCAGUGCACUCACCUGACAUUUUUUGCAAUACUGAUGUCACCUCCAACUGGAAACAUAUCAUCUUCGGAUUUUAAGUCUCUGACCUACAUCACAUCAAUCGGCUGUGGCCUGUCCAUGUUUUUCUUGGCAGUGGCUCUCUUCAUGCAUUGCCUUAUCAGAAAAGGGGCAGCGACCCAAGCAACGAAGAUCCUGAUCAACCUCUUAGUUGCCAUGUUCAUCAUGAACCUGUCCUUCCUGAUAAAUGAGACCAUCUCCAAAAUAGCGACCUUCGGUGUGUGUAUGGUGAUGGCAGCAGUUAUGCACUACUCCUUGUUGGCCACUUUUACCUGGUUUUUCAUAGAGGCUCUACACUUGUGCUUUAAUCUAUGGAAGCUCCCUGGUGGAAUCAAACAUUACAUGACCAAGAUUUGCAUCACAGGAUGGGUCACACCAGCUGUAGUGGUGGUUACUCUACUUGCCUUGCAAAAAUAUGGUAAAGUGGUCAUUUACACCAAUGAUGGGAAUUCAGCAAAAAUGUGCUGGAUUCCUGAUGCAGCUAUCCACCAGGGGGUGAAUGUGGGUUACUAUGCUGUAGUUUUCAUCUUCACCGUUAGCAUAUUCAUCAUAACUGUGCGGCAGAUUGUUCUGUUUAAGCACACAGCAGGGAAAACUCAACACGGCAGCUCCACCAAGACAAACACCUUCUCAAUUGUGGGCCUGUUCUUCCUGCUGGGCAUCACCUGGGCCUUUGCCUUCUUCAGUCAUGAACCUAUGCUCAUACCCUCCUACUAUAUCUUCACCAUCCUCAACUCCUUUCAAGGUUUCUUCCUGUUCAUCUACUAUUACACUUCCAGCAAGAUUGUUGAAGAGAACACAGGCUCCUCAGACAGAAGCAGUGGCAGCAAGGAAAUAUCAAAGACAGUUCUCACAUCUCCAUAUCAGUAAAGUGUGUAUAUGCUUUUUCAAACGAGAGAAAAUGUCCCAUGACUGAGAUUAUUUUUGUCACAAGAGGGCAGCAUUUUAUUUCAUAUAGUAAAGUAGAUCCUCUGCUGAUAAGUUGCUGUGAAAAACUUUCUCAUUUUUCCUGACGCUUCUUUUCCAUGAAAUGCCUUGUAUUCUUGAGUGAAUGACUAACCUGCUCUGAAAUGGCUCAUUUGAUGUACAUUCAUUGAGAAAAAUAUCCAAUGAGUUGAGCACUGAUGGAGAGAUAUGUAGAGUUAGUCUCCUGGAAGUCAUUUGUGUUGAUGACUCCCUGUUUCAACAGAAGCCUCGUCUUACUCACUGUGAAACUUGCAAAUAACAUGAUUCACUCAGAAUAUAUGACAGACUUGCGUAAACAUAGUUUCACUCAUACGCUGGAAUGCAGUGUGUAAAUGUUUAGGAAGAAAAAGAAAAAACCCUUUUAUGACUGAUGUGGUUGUCAUAUGGACUGGAGAUUGCAAAACGCAGAGAAAACAAGGUGAAGGGAAGUCUUGUCCCUCACAUACUGUACAGUGUUGGGGGCCGAGUUAGCCAGCUAGCGCUUUGCGUGCCUGCAGAUAAUUACCUUGUGCCUACAGAGAGCAGUAUCCACUGCGCAGGGAGCCUUAACUGGCUGACAAGAAAUGAGCUCAUGGCUACCUAUAGUGAUAAGAGGCUUGAGGGCAUGCAACUAUUUUCCAAAAUAUGACUGUGUUAAAUUAGAAUUUAUAGUAUUUAAGUAGUUUAAGUGUGUCUUGGUGAACUGUUAAUUAGCUUUUUUUCCACUCUACUUUUUAAUUUGAAUUUUUUUAUUUAUUUAUUAUUUAGUUUUAGUUUUUUAAUUCAAAUUUUGCCAUAAAAGGCACACAAUAACUUCAUUUAUUUGAUGAUCUGCCAUCCUCUUGAAUUGUUUUACUUUGAUGUUAUUGCUUUAAUCAGUGGUUCAAGACAAACCUGUAAUUACUUUUGAUGUAGCGUGCUGAAGAAGAAAUAGCUGUAAGAAAGUUUUGCAAUAAAGUUUUGAGUUAUGA